AUGCACCUCUUCAGCCUCCUUCUGUCCAUCAUUAUCCACUCUCUCAUCCUGGUUGAUCCGGCCCUCGGCGCGAAAUCCACCGCAACGUCCUUCUGUAAAUGCAUCUGCUUCAACAACAGCACGAUCAUUGCGCUGAACCCGCCGCCUUCGACGACGAGCGCCUCAGCAGUGCAUAACCUCGCGCUUCGAUCUUCUCACGCACUGGCAGCGGACGGCAUAUCCGGCGCUACCACCGACGACGAGCCCUCAGGAGCAACGCCUUCGCGGCGCCCGCACCACAAACUCACUUGCGCCGACUGCACGCGGGCGUUUUGUCUCGACUAUAACCUGCCAAUCUGCAAGAAUGCGCGGGACGAGGAUGUCUUUACUACAUGUUUCCAGCGGGACUCCCUCAAAGACGAAACUGUUGUGGUCAUCUUCGUCUUCGCCACAGCGGGGCUGCUGGGCUGGGCCAUCGUGAAGCCUUGGAUUGAUCGACUGCGGGAGAGAAAUACUUUUGCGCCACUACUGCAGCACGACCGCGGCGGGCGGCAACCAUACGCUUCCCACGGACGGAGACCGAAUGGGCAAGGAGGCAACUCGAGAGGGGCCCCUGGCGCCCGCUUUGGGAACGGCAGCAGAAGAGGAGGAGGAGAUGAGGAUGAUAUGGGACGUGGGAGCAGCAGCCGGAGUGGAAACCGCAACGGCAAUAGCGAGGGUCCACGGAGAGGGGGAGGAGACGGCGGAUACGCUUCUACUCACCUUCCGUACGACGAGGAUGUGCACGCAGAUCAAGAUGCGAUGGACAUCGUCUCAAGCAUGCCGUCAGGGCCCAGCUCUCGCCCCUGA